GUUCAGGGGACUCUGGCUGAAUCAGUUAUUGCCGAAAAUAAUAGAGAAAAAGAUAAUAUGGAGACCUGCUCAAUGGCUCAGAUCCAAUUGAAGGUACUCUCCUCUUCGGGCGGGAACUGUGUGGAGAGGGGUGCUGCCAGUGUAGAGAAGGAUGUUGAGGAUAUGGAGAAUGGGAAUCAGAAUCAUGAGGUGCAGAGGGAAGAUGCUUUGUCUUCUACUUCUAUUCCUGUUCUGGAUGCCUCUGGCGGGGACAUGUUGCUGAAUGAGUUAGAAGUUGAUAGAGAAAAGGAGAAUGAAAAUUCUGUUGAUGUGGAGGCCGAGAAUAGCGUUGGUUCUGGAAAUGGGGUGCUUGUUGGAAUGGUAUUGGGGAAGGUCAAGGUUCCUUGGAAAUAUAAACAGUUUAUUGAUGAUAUUUGUGGAAUUUUGCAUAGAUUUAAUAUCAAGGUUAGUCACAUUUUCAGGGAAGCUAACGGUCUUGCAGAUUUUCUGGCUUCUUAUGCUGUCAACGAAGCCUGCUGUUUUGAAUUUUUGGGUACUGAUUCGCUGCCUAUAGCUGGGAAGAUGAGGUUGCAUCACGAUCAACUUUCUUUGUCUACAUUGAGACGAAAAAUGAUCUUGGUUGAUAGCACUUGCAGGCAGCUUGAUACUGUUGACGUGCGCUUGAAUGGGAGACAGGAGCAGUUGCCUCUGUUGGUUGGGCUGGUUCUGGGGUCCUUUUGCUUUGGGCUGGUUCAUGUUGCUGGGGGUCUCCUGCGCCCUGCUGGUUUUGGGCUGUUCACGUGCACUGUUCAUGUGCACAGCUUGUUUAAUGCAGCUGCUGGCCCUCACUCUUCGGUUAUCUUCUAUCUUCAGCUGGGUUUUGAUGGCCUUUUACCUGGUUUUUCAGCUCGUCAAAAGCAAGCUGAUCAACGAUUUUCUAUGACCCCUUACAUAAAACCUAGUGUCACUCCUACGGGAACUCCAAAAAUAAUUUCCACGAGCGUGUCCCCCAGAAGGUAUUCGGCUGCUGGAUCUCCUCAGAAAAGUUCUGCUACCACUUCUCCAAGAAAAAAUCAAUAUGAAGGACGGGGUACACUGUCUUCAUGGUACCCGUCAAGUUCAGUAGUCAUCAGCCGCAAACUCUCCUCCAAUUGGACGCCCAAUGCCAGGUUUGGAAAGCCUAUUGCAAUUUCCAAUUCGACUUCUGGCUCUUGUACUCCUAGAAUUGAUGGAAAGGAGUUCUUCCGCCAAGCCAGGAGUCGUCUAUCGUAUGAGCAGUUCAGUGCAUUUCUAGCUAACAUAAAUGAGUUAAAUGCUCAAAAACAAUCUCGUGAGGAAACUUUGCAUAAAGCAGAAGAUAUUUUUGGGAUGGAUAACAAAAAACUGUACUCAUCAUUCAAGGGAUUGCUUAAUCGCAACAUAAAUUAA